AUGAGCAGCGAAUGGCACCGGUGGGAGCAAGUGACGAAGUAUGUGUCCAGCGGGCACAAGCUCUAUCGUUCCUCUACUCCAAACUAUGCCGGUCUCGACCUCAGCCAGAACCUUACUCCGACCGCCGUGGAGUUCCUCACAGACAAAGGCAUCGACAGCAUCAUCAGCUUCAACCAAUAUUCAUACACCGACGACGAGAGGAAGUUGUUGGCGGAUGCGAAGAUCAGCUACCUCCACGUCCCGGUCGCCGAUUUCAACGCCCCUACUCUCGAGCAGCUAGAGAGCGCCAUCACGUUUUUUAACGACGCGGCACAUAAAUCUACGCUGGUCCAUUGCGGUUACGGGCAUGGCAGGAGUGGGACCGGCGUGACAGGUCUUCAGUUGAACGCUACGAGGGGAGAGAACCCUCCUGAGGCCGAUUGGAAGGCUGUAAACCAUGUCGAGAGCCCGACGCAGAUAGCUGUGCUCAGAACGCUCAGAGACAAGCUCAAGGAGUCCUGA